AUGAAUAAUAUGUCCUCAUCGAACGAAGUUAUAAAAUUAAAAAGCGAACAUUCCUCUGACAUUUCAGAAAAGUGUAGCGAAGAAUUCGAGGAAGAGGGAGAGGAAGGCUCAGAAAAGGAGUUAUGUGAAGUAGAUAAUGAGCAAACCUAUCGAUGCGCCAACUGCAGUAGGGAAGUCGAGGAUGUUUUAAUUUUAUCAUGUAAACACUUGAUUUGUCUAAUUUGUGCAAGUAUACAAUUACAGAAAAAAUACGAGAACUUUUUGAAAACUUGCUCCAAAGAAAAAAGUGUAAAAAAAAAGGUAGAAAAUUAUAAGAUAGAAGAAUGCUUUGUAAAUCCCCAAAAUGCAAAGAAUGAAAGAAUGAAUAGUAGUGAAAUAGAAAUGAUAUUUAAAAAAGAAAAAUUAGGUUAUAUUACAUGUUUUUUAUGUAAUAUUAAAAACAAACUUACUUUAGAUACAGUUGAAUUACUAACAAAAGUUGGUCUAUUUUCAUCCGAUGUUUUAAAUGUUCAUACAUUUUACUUUAAUUUCUUAAGUAAUAAUGAAGAACAAAAAAAUAAAAUUAUUAAUGAAGAAGAUGUUAAAAAGUUAAGUGUAACUUUUAAUGACACGUUAAAUAUUGAUGUUUUAAAAAAUGAAAAUUUAAAAAAAUUGUUAGUAGCAAGUAGUAAAUAUAAAUACCUUGAUGAACAUACAGACGAUUUAAAUAGAUAUUCCUACAUAUGUAAUAUUUGUUCAUUCAAUGAAGCUAAAAUAUACUGCAAAGACUGUGUAGAAUAUUUAUGUGAAGAAUGUUGUAGUAGUAUACACGAUAACGAUGUUCUAAAUAAAUUAAAUUGUGAAAAUAGGAAAAUUCAUAAUUACUAUGAAAUAGACAAAAAGGGUAUACAUCUUAAAAAAAUAGCAAAGUGUCCAAAGAAAUUUUUAAACGUAACAGGGGAUGAUAUAGAAAUUCUAACCAAUAUGGAAGAAGAAAGUUUUCAUGAAAAUUCCGCAAAAAAGAAGUACAAAGUUUAUGACGAUGAUGAUUACUCUGAUUUUGACAAGUAUGACGAAAAGCAUUUUUAUGAAAGAAAAAAAAUGCUAAUAGAUAAGGAGGGAAAAAAGAAAAACAACCUUAGAAUUUCGGAAAAACUAAAUAAUCUAGUAGAGGAUCUAAAAAAUGCAAGUAGUUAUGACAGUGAAAAUUCUUCUAUUAUGGGAACAAUAGGAUCAUCUACUGGAAUGGGUGAAUAUCUGAAGGGAACUAAAAAAAAGGAGAAAAUAAGAAAAGAACGACUUAGCGAUAGGUGUAGCGGUAGAAGAAAAAAAAAAAAAAAAACGGAAAAAUUAUUUGAUAAAAGGAGCAGUAUAGUACAAAAUGAAAAAAGAUAUGAUAUCCAGGAAGAGACAGAAAAAUAUGGGAACGUAUGUCUUUUAUCAAACAGCAGUGUAUGUCGCGUUGAUAUAAGUUCAAGUGAUGAUAGUUGUCUCUAUUCAAAUAAUAGCUCGGAGAGGGAAAUAUGCAUAACAAAUGUAAAAGCAAAUACACUAAAUAAUGGAGCAAAUAAAAUAAUAACUGACAGCAGUAUAAAUAAUAAAAAUUUUACAACAAUUGAAAACAUAAGAUGCAAUCAACACUAUAAUUAUCCCAUACAAUAUUUUUGUCACACCUGUUGUAGCAAAUGUUUUUGCUCAGAAUGUGCAAUUAAUGGAAUACAUACUACAGAUUGUAAUAUUGAAAAUAUAAAUACUGCUUUUAUAACAGUUUUAAAUAAUUACUUAAUACAAUGGAAUGAAAUAAUAAGUGACCUAAUAAAUGAUUUGGAGAGAAAUUUUUACGAAUCUUUACAAGAUACAAAAAAUGAUUGGUCUUCCAUAUUAAGCGAAUGUUACUAUGAUUUAAACAGUAAAAUUAGUUAUAUAAAUAAUAACUUACGUAAAAAAGAAAAAGAAAUUUUUGAACAAUUUGAUUUAUAUAUGAAUAAUUUCAAGAAAGAAAAUUUAGAGUAUAUCCAACUUUUAAACUACAAAUAUGAGGAUAUUGAGAGAACAAUAAAUAUAAUUCGAGAUAACAAAUUUCAAAAUAAUCCAAUAGAUAUUAUUAAAUUUUAUAGAGAAAAUAUAGAUGUUAUAGAUAAAACUAUUUUACUAAAUAAUGAUUUUAAACCUAUAGAAGAAUUAUCAAAAAUCAGAGAGAGUAAAAUUUUUUACAUGAAUUUGUAUUCCUCUCAAAUAAUUAGUUAUCUGAGGUAUUUGCAAAAUUUUUUGAAGCCAAAUAAUUUGGUAUCAUCUGUGUCGUAA